AUGACAUCUCACACAAACGCAAAUCCCAGCGCCAGUUCACCUAAACGCAAAAUAGCUCAAAGCUCUUCUGAUCGCCUCUCUAAGAUACCUAAGCUCAAAGUACCAGGCAAUACUCCCACUGAUCCCUCUCAACCAAACCAUUCCCGCUCCAGAAAUUUGCCACAAUCCAUUUCCACCGAUGGCAAACAUCAUCAUCAUCGUCGUCAUCACGAACAUCAUCCGCAUCAUGGAUUCAUUCGUCCGCCUCACGAUUCCACUUUAUUUUCCCCCACAAAUACGAGCUCUUCUUUCCCAAACUUAAGUUUAGGUGAAGGUGUAAUUCCGCCUUUCACAUCGCCCACUGUCCCUCUCUCACAGAGCCAACCAUUCUCCGAUCAGGACACACCGACCGGGAUUGAAGACGCCGCGGGACUGGGUGCCCCACCAAAUCUGGCGAGCGAUUUGGAAGAGGCAUUGAUGGAAGAAGUUGAGAAAAAUCCAGGGCUGGCACAAGGGCUUAGAAUCGAAGAUCUCGCUUCUCAGGGUAAUGGAGGAAGUAAUUUGACACCAGAAGAAGUGGGCUUUGAGAUUGACGUGGAUAUAAAUAAUGAUAAAGACGAGAUCACAUGGGAGAGUGAUGAGGAGGAAGAUGGAGGACAACCUUCGACCGGAGAAAAGGACAAGGAAUACGUAGAAUCGUCUGUUUCCUCCGCAUCCGAUUCUCACCAUUCAUCGGAUUCAGGAUAUGAUGAAACGGCGGGGCCUCCAGUUUCGGAUACAAAUAUGGAUACAGGACCAGAAUAUGAUGAGGGGUAUGUGGAGGGCGGAGGAGACAUUCAUGGCGUUGAGGCCUCUGCCGAAAUCGACUGGAAUGAUAUGUCGAAUGAUAUUGAUGCUGAUCCCUACGCUGGGGGUGCGUCAAAAAUACCAGACGAAAACGAUGUACAAAUGAAUUCUGGUGGUGUAUACGGUGAGCGGGAUAGUGGAAACGCAGAGUGGGCUGGCCUGGUAGCUUUAGAGCCUGAGGGAGAUGAGGCUUUGGACCAAUAUGAAGGAACUGGAAAUGGGGCGCAAAAAAUCGGCGAGGACGAUGUCUGGUGGUUAAACGAAGGUUGA